GGAGCGACUUAACUACAGGUGGGGUAUCCGCGUGUCUCCCACGUUUCAUUCAGGGUAACCUUCAAUGCAGAUAAGUAGUUUGGAAACCUAAACUAAGUUGACACUGGAAUCUGAAGUUGUUGGACUCAUAUAGUCACCUGGCCGUAACGGAAUGUCUACUGUUGUACCGUUGACACGUCUUACCUCGGCCGCUAUACGACAGAGCAGCGGCCGUGGAUUCAGCACUUCUAGGACUUCUCACAGCAAAAAACAUUAUCAGCUGUUGGUUGUUGGAGGCGGGUCAGGUGGGUGCGCUACCGCCGCCAAGUUUGCCAGAAAACUGGGAAAAGGACAUGUCGCAGUCGUUGAUCCCAGCGAGAUGCACUACUACCAGCCCAUGUGGACGCUGGUGGGAGCGGGGAUCAAGACUCUGCAGGCCUCAGGGCGACCCAUGCAGUCUGUCCUGCCCCGCGGCUGUGACUGGAUCAAGGAUCGAGCUGUGUCAUUUGACCCAGACCGCUGCACAGUGACCACAGGAAGCGGGGAACAGAUAGGCUAUGACUUCCUGGUAGUUGCGAUGGGCAUGCAACUCAACUAUAGUCAGAUUAAAGGGUUACCUGAAGCGUUUACGGUGGAUCGAUCAGUGUGCUCCAACUACUGGUCAGAGACGGUGACGCAGACAUUCCCGGCCCUGGAGGCGCUGCAGCAGGGCAACGCCAUCUUCACCUUCCCCAACACCCCCAUCAAGUGUGCAGGGGCACCCCAGAAGAUCAUGUAUCUAGCAGACCACUACCUCAGGAAGGCAGGCAAGAGGGACAACACAAACAUCAUCUUUAACACCUCCCUCGGGGUCAUAUUUGGGGUGAAGAAAUAUGCAGAAAGACUGUUGGAUAUAGUGAAAGACAGGAACAUCCAGGUGAACUACAGGCGGAACCUGGUGGAGGUGCGGCCAGACAAGAAGGAGGCGGUGUUUGUGGACCUGGACAGUCCAGAAGGAAAAACAGAAACAUUCCAGUACAGCUUCUUGCAUGUGACUCCUCCCAUGUCUGCCCCUGACCCCCUCCGACAGAGCAGCCUCGUCAACACAGAUGGGUACCUGGAUGUCAGCAAGGAAACACUGCAGCAUGUACAGUACCCAAACAUAUUCGGCAUUGGUGACUGCACAAGUGUGCCAACCUCCAAGACAGCGGCAGCAGCAGCUGCUCAGAGCGGCAUUCUCCAAAAAAAUCUGCAGGCUGUUAUGUCUGGCGGUAAAACCCAGAGUCAGUAUGAUGGCUACACUUCCUGUCCUCUCGUCACUGGCAACAACAAAUGUAUCCUGGCAGAGUUUGACUUUGCUGGCCAGCCGCUGGAGACGUUCCCCAUCGACCAGGGCAAGGAGAGGAGAACCAUGUACCACUUGAAGAGAGAUGUGAUGCCUGAGUUAUACUGGAAUGUUAUGCUCAAGGGCUACUGGAAUGGUCCAGCCUUGACUCGGAAGCUGUUGCACCUGGGGAUGUCUAAGUAGAGGAAGAGAGCUUGCCAACGGUUCCCAGACAAACACGGGAUGCAGAAGCUCUGCGUGGUGGAACAUGUGGCUGGAGUGUGUGGGGUGGCAGCUGUAGCUGUCUGGAUCAACUUCAGCAAACAUCUGUGAUACAUACACUUUCAUAUUUGAUGCACAGAUGAAUAGAUGGUUUUACUUUUAAGACGAGUGUGAUUAUCAAAUUUGAGAAUACUUGUAAGUCAUCAAUACAUCAUAUAUUGUUUAUGUUAAGCAGUGAUAGUGGUUUCAGAAAGGCUUAUUUUAGAAAGUGCAUACUGCAUCUGUCAUUGUUGUGAGGGGUCAUGACCCACAGCCUUCUGAUUUCAUUCCUACAAUACUCCCGAGUUUCCUGACGAACUGUCCCCUGUUCACGGAUCUAAUCAGGAAGGUCUAUGAUGUGAACCAGGAUAUGCCGAACUAGAACACGUUGUCCUGCAGCACUCACCGAGGGCACUUAUACAACUUAGUCAUCUUCCCUAGGCAAGGGAGUUAACUGACUGUAAAAGUCAUUGCCGAACUAGGCUGAAAUUAUGGAGUUAUAUUCUGGCUGGACUAACGAGUCUAUGCAUAGUCCAAUCAAAAUCACGACCGAUAGCAGGAUUUGCAAAGCAUGUGUACCAACAACUCAGCGUCCACAGAUAGUUUCCAAAUCUUUUCAUGUUAUUAAUCAAGGUGCUCACGUGAUUUGAUGCACCUUGCGAAGUAAGACCUGUUUUAAUACAAUAUAGAUUUUGAUUAUCAAUCAAGGGGUCUUGACUGGGUGUCGCCUUUUUGUUUGAACCAAAGGCAUACCUUAAUCUCAUCCAGGUGAUAUCUCCAACGAGGCAUACCUUGAUCCCUUACAAGUGAUAUCUCCUAGGAGGCAUACUUUGAUCUCAUCCAAGUGAUAUCUUCAAGGAGGCAUACCUUGAUCUCAUCCAAGUGAUAUCUCCUAGGAGGCAUACCUUGAUCUCAUCCAAGUGAUAUCUCCUAGGAGGUAAAAGGUACUGACUGCACCUGCACAGGUAUAUGAUGUACUGUGAGUACACCUGCUGCACAGGUUUACGAUGUACUGACUACACCUGCACAGGUUUAUGAUGUACUGUGUGUACACCUGCUGCACAGGUUUACGAUGUACUGACUACACCUGCACAGGUAUAUGAUGUACUGUCAGUACACCUGCUGCACAGGUAAGAGGUACUGACUUCACCUGCACAGGUAUACGAUGUACUGACUACACCUGCACAGGUAUACGAUGUACUGACUACACCUGCUUCACAGGUAUACAAUGUACUGACAACACCUGCACAGGUUUACAAUGUACUGACAACACCUGCACAGGUUUACAAUGUACUGACUACACCUGCACAGGUUUACAAUGUACUGACUACACCUGCACAGGUUUACGAUGUACUGACUACACCUGCAGGGGUUUACGAUGUACUGACUACACCUGCACAGGUAUAUGAUGUACUGUGAGUACACCUGCUGCACAGGUAAGAGGUACUGACUACACCUGCAGGGGUUUACGAUGUACUGACUACACCUGCAGGGGUUUACGAAGUAAUGACUACACCGUCACAGGUUUACGAUGUACUGACUACACCUGCACAGGUUUACAAUGUACUGACUACACCUGCAGGGGUUUACGAUGUACUGACUACACCUGCAGGGGUUUACGAUGUACUGACUACACCUGCACAGGUUUACAAUGUACUGACUACACCUGCUCAGGUUUACGAUGUACACUGAGUAACGCUUGCACAGUACUGAGUACACUUACAGAGAGGUAUUUGGUGUACUGUGAGUACACCUGCAAAGGUGUAAGAUCUACUGCAUGUACACCUUCCAGCUAUUACAUUCCCUGACAGUCCGUUGUUGUGAAACCUGUGCCUCCGCCAGUGUUGUAGGGGGGUGAUGUGUAUAUAUAAACAGUUGUGUUUCCUCAUAUUUCUCCUUGUGUUGGACUGUGUGUGAAACUAUUGUAGGAACAGUUUCCAAUGUACAGUUCAUCCUUGUCACAAGGUAUUUACCAUUUUUUCUUGUGUAUAGUGUGCAUCCUCGGGGGUUUCGAGAUUUGGGGGAAAAAAUUGCUAUUUGAUAUAUUAUAUCAAAAACUACAUCUGAUAACUGGAUAGCGAUUGCUGUAAAUAAUGGCAAGUUGGUGUGAUCUGCCCAUCAGUUGACACAUGAUUUUGCCCAAAAUAAUGUGAAUAGUGAACAAUUUUUUUUAAUAAAAUUUAUUAAAUAGAUAAAAAAUAGACCAGAUAUGCAAUGAACACAUUUUAUAACCAGAAUAUAAUAACAGAAUUAACAUGCUAUUUCUGCUCUUAUGUGCUCACGGCAAUGUCUGGCAUUUGGAAAAAUAUUCAAAAUCUAUUGUCUGUGUAUUACCAGUAUGCGAACCCCUCUCUAUACAGCUGUAGUGUUUGGGGGAAAUAGUUGCACACUGUACACGAGGACAUUCUCUUCUUCCUGGUUUCUGGAGUUCUACUUCGUCCACUUGAAUUAUUCCAAACAUUUUCAUUCCCAACAGCUUGUUAGAACCGUGAUGUGAAGUAAAAUAUAAUAUUGUACACAGUAGACAUUAUCAUCAAUUAAACUAACAACUGGAAUCUAUGUCUGCAGUGGUCACUGUAAGGGUUGUGUUUUAUGUUUUAGUUUUUAACAAGGACCACAUCUCGCUCCCCUGGGUACAGGCGAUCUUUGUUAGGUAGUGCUCCACAUGUGUGUGCUUAUGUACCUACAUUUGUGCAGGAAUGUAUGCUUACUGUCAAUGGCAUGUCAGAUUUUUUCAACAUACCGGUACUGGGAGGAUACACCAGUACUGAGGGUAGCCUUCCAUUUGUCAGACAGCUUAUACCAGGAUUAGUCAAGGUUGGUUAGUCAAGCAAUAGUUCCCUGUUUACCUUUCAUUAAAGUGGAACAGACCAGAAAACACACAUUUUCAGGAAUUUACAGGAUAGGUUUAUCACUCACUUGUAAUCAUUAAAUCAUACCAGAAAUCACACAAGUUUGAAGUAUUCAACAGAAGUCACAUAUUUUGAAUUAUUUAACAUGAUAUAAUAUUAUCACAUUAUUAGAACGACACUAUAUACAAAAAAUACACUAAACACGUGUAAUAUCACACUUUUUGAAGUAUUUACCAGAAAUUGCAUAAAUUUGAAUUCUAUACAGUAUAUUAGUUCAUUACAUUAUUGCAAAAACACUAUAAACACAACACACACUGAUCACGGUUCAGUACUAUGUCUGCCUUCAUCCCAGCUUCAGCAAAUGUCCUACAGCAUCCAAGAAUUCAAGAGGUGUCUUCUGCCCACUGACCAGCUUCCCUUUGAUUCUCUGUAGACCUUCCUGGGAGGGGGAGCAGCACCAAAGUCUAUCUGUCAGCUUGACACCUUCCAGCUUCUCAUUGCCCUGAAUCCAGUCCUCAAAUCUGUAGAGGUUGGGAUGUUGAUGUGGAACAGUGCGCUUGAAAACCCUCCAGGUUGUUGUUUGUCCCCGGUCCUACUGUGUGGUGAUGAUUCCAUAGGGGGAGUCUGGUCGUCAGUCCAUGUUAUUGUGGAAUUCUUGGGACCUUGCCACCCCAGGUGUCACAUCCAUCGCCUCCAGCACGGAAGAGGAAGAAGGGGACUUCCAGCUGCUCUUUGUAUCCAACUCUGCAGCAUGGGAUCUUCCUGGUACUGGACAGUUAAGCCAAGGUCUUGAGUCUUCCUCCAUAUAGCCUGGGUGUACUGGAAGAAACACCCCUUGAUGUCUGCUGCGUGGAAUUCACUUUGGAUUGCUAUAUGGCCGCGCCGCCAUCUCAAAGUCUGUCUGUACGGUAGCUGGUGAGAAGGGUUGGUUGAGAGUCUGCUGUACCUCUGUUUUCAGCAAAGUGAAAGUCUGGAGUAUUUCGACUGUUUUCGGUUGGGCAGCAGGGCGAAGACAAGAGGUCACAUGGUGUAUCUACUGUGGGUAUGUACAGCUUGUUCCACAGUGAGGACAGCAGGAAAACAUACCAUCCAUGUAGACCGUACCUGCUUCAGCAAAACACUUCAGUUUCUCAUCAUUGAAAACAUCAGGAUCUUGUCUUCUUCACCAUCUGCACAGAGGAGGAAUCUUCUGCUAACCCUGGUUGCGGUCCACAGCCCCUCAAGAUGAACAUCAGCUCUGGUCUGUGGCAGGACAAGGAUUGUUGUACCGCAACGUUGACAGAGGAAACUCUUUAAACUGGGGAAGGAAUAUGUAGAACCUCUGGCGGCCUACUUUGUAGAUAGCCUGGACAGGUGCUGAUUCUUCCCUUCUACUGACAAACUUGACAGGAGUCCAAUCUCUAACUUGAUGGCAAUGGUCUGAGACAUCUUUAAGGAAGUCCCCAACAGUGGAACACUUCCCUUGGCACGACCUGUUGAUACAUCUCUAGUGUGUGUUGUGGCCUCUGGUUCGAUUCUUGGAGUAGGUGAACCCAUAAAGGAAUAGGGGAAUGGGUUCCCUCUCUCAGAGUCAAUGUACUCGGCAUAUAUACCAGCAAUGGUGGCGAUACCUUACUGACUUAGACUGCCAGUGAUACAGUAUGGUACCUUCUGUACAUGGGAGAUUAUACUCAGGUUUUGGAGAGGUUUAAUGUGUUCAUAUCCUACCUAACAUUGUAUUUCAUGAAAAUAAUGCAAAACAAGGUUUAAAGGGUUUUUUCAUCUUCUGAGUUUUCAAUAUUCUACAUAAUUGAAAAAAAACUACUCUAAUACUGCUAAAACACAUGCAACCCGACACGGAUACAACACAACUUAUAAAUGCAAUAAUAAUCAAGUUAAUUUGUAUCACUUAUAGAUUUGGAGUAGGUAAGACCAGGUAGUUAAACUGGUCCCACUUGUCUGACAAUUUUGAGUGAACCAUACUAGGCCACUUCUUUACUUCAAACACAAUGCCGAAACUGCUUGAAUUUUCCCAUUUUGCCACCCUUACAGCACUUUGUUAGGACUGGGAGAUGAUUUACGUUUGCUGUUGACAUUAGAUUAGAUUUCACUGCUUUCCUGCCCUUGGUUUCACACUUGUUUGAGGCAUUUGUAAAACUGGCUACUACCAUAGCAACUUUCCUGUGAUGGAUUGUUCAUAUUUGCUUUGUUAGACAUGCCACAGUAUGUUUGUAAAGUGUCUGCCUUCUUGUCAGCUUUGCAUUGUGCAACUAUAUAUAAGGAAAACGUUUAAGCACAGGUAUGCUUAUCCUUGAUUCAUUAUCGUAACACAAUCUUCCUUUGACAUUUACCAAAAAUGACAUUUGAUGGUUUCACUAAAAUCCUUGCUAAAUUAUGGGACAGUAAAAUAACUGAAGCCUAAUGACAUGAGAUACAAGCAUGUGUGAACAGUCACAGCCUGUGGUAUGUGCAACCGUUUUGAACUGCUUUGAUUAUUUUAUUUUGUUCAAUAUUGUUUUUAAAAUUUAACCUUUAGCUGUGUAUGAUUGAGUGUCUUUGAAUAAUUUUGUAGUAUAAAAGACAGCUAGAUCCCAACCCUGUAUCCCUAGGGCUAAUUUGUGAGAUAAAUAUGUGCCAACAUGGAUACCCUGCACAUCUGUUCAGCAUUAAAGAAGAUAAAAUCCA